GACAAAGAGAACACAUGAUAUCUGAAAACUUAGGUCUCGAUACUAUAGAUGAUAAUUUUAUAGAGGACGUGGUUAAUGAACCACAAGCAACUUUAAAAGCUAUUUUAGGUGAUAAUGGGACAUCAAAUAUUAUUGAAAUGUGGAGAAUUCGUAGGAUCGGUGGACUUUCAUCAAUAGAGUCAUCCAUAGAUACUACAAUUCAAGUGAACUUAAAUCUUCAAAGUUUAAGGAAUUUUCAAGGUUCUAACUAUGGUACAAGUGUUCAAAAAAUUACUUCUCAAAGAAAUAGAUUUGGAGUCGCUUUUUCAACGGCUAAAACCGCAAUUAACGUCGCUUUGAAAACUAAAAGUGAUAACGAAUUAGUUCAAAUACUAAAGGACUUUAUUUUAGCUAAGCGAAACAUUG